AUGUUUUGGCGCCCUUUGCUCGUUUUUUCUCGUGUACAGCUGGCGGAGUAUGGUGGUGCCAUGGUGGAUGAGGAGCUCGUGCCGCCUGAGAAGGCAAUAUUGCCAAAUGUGAAUGUGAAGGCGAAGGUGAAGGUGAAGGUGAAGGUGAAGUGGCUUUUUCCGAUCCGGGUUUUCUCCAUUGCCCGAGGAUUUUUCGAUAAAGAAUAUGUGGGUGCAGUAGAAAGAAAGAAGAAAGAAAACGAGAAUGAAAAUAGUGAGAACCGUACGAAAAUCGCGACCCAUUUCGAAAUCAUUCUUGAGUGCAAAGGAAAGGAAAGAUUCAUGGGCUUGCAUUUGAGUGGAGCUUUUAUGAGGAUAAAAGUGAUGAUCCAAAUCUAA